GCCAUGAAGGUUCAUGUACCGUAUCCUGUAAAAGCUGCAAAGCUAAACCUUGCCAACACCUGUCUCUUCUACUCCAGCCAAGGCUACAAUGAAAGUACAGAGUCCUUCCUGCUGCAGCCAGUCCUCUUUCCUAGUGAGGCUGAGCAGGUAUCAGAAAGGAUGAAGUCUGGCGUCCUCGCCAGGACCUGGGACUUCAGGAGCGUCCCCAUCAGUUGUCACUCCAGCACAGCUUAACGGAGUGGGAACACGGGCCAUUUUGCUGCUGUCCCACGCCACCUGCCAGAGGCAGAUGUAGACGCAGAUGCAAAACAACUGCGUGUUCCCCCCGUCCCCGGAGGCUGUGGAGGCCUCUGCUGGUGGAACAAGUUCAAGUUCUUUCACAUCGGGUCCCUGGCACUGUUCCUCCUGAUCAGCCUGCAUUUGGGAGAGCAUGAAGGCUGAGCUGGCUGCUGUGGCCUCUUCGCUGUGGGGAAAGCUUUCAGGGCCCUCCCCCUUCUGCCUCAAGUCUGGGCAAGGUGAGGAAAGAGCUGUGCUUUCUCCUUCGGCACUGACAGGAAGUCUGAACCCCAGCUGAAAGUGGGGCAGGACUUCAUGCUACCCCACCACCAGGAAACCCACAAGCCGGGUCCUCUCUCCACAUCCCUAAACCGCUCUCGGAUCAGCUUGGGAAACCACCUUACUGCGCACCCCAGUCCUCACCACAUGAAUGAUAAUCCCACAUUCUUAUGAUUUCUGGGCAUCCGGAGGCUCAACAUCCAAGCCAGAAUGUGGGGUUCAUGUGGGGUUCAUGUCGUCUCCAUGACAGAACAACAGAUCUUGAAACUCUUGUCACCAUUGUGAUGAAGACAGUGGAUGGAGCCAUUGAUAAACAACUGGGUCUUCUGGGCAGAGCCCUUGUGGCUGGGACCAGUGCCCUUAUAGAAAGCAACUCCAGAGAGCUGCCUCCCACCUCGUGCCUCCUGCCUCCCGCCUCCUGCCAUACAAGGGCACAGCUACAAGGCACUGACUCUAGACCAGAAAGCAGGCCUUUGCCAGAUGCCAAGUCUGCUGGCACCUUGAUCUUGAACAUAUCAUCAUCCAGAGCUAGGGUUUUCUGUGCUGCAGCAGCAUGCUUGCCCAAUCGUAGAAGAGGUUAAGAUACCCAGAUAUGAACAUAACCACCUUCCACCAAUAAAGGGCAAGAGCAGGACCUCAGAAGUAAAUCCUGACUCAGUGGGAAGAAGAGUGCAGGCUCAGCUGCUAUAAUAAAAAGACUCCAAAAGCACAGAGGCUUACAUAAUUCUGAGCUUGUGUCUCUCUCAAGUAACAUCUCAGAGCAGUUCUUUCCCAUGCAGUGCAGUUUGCUGGUGUGUUGUCCUCAGCAAGAGCUGAAAAAUAUUCUGCUGCUAAUGAUGUCACUGGGUUAUGGUCAUUUAACCUGCUGCUGUGAUUCCUUCCUGGGUACAUCCCACUUCCCAGACCCUUGUUGGUGGAGAGGCCUGAUUUAUGGAAACUCUGCUGUGCAGACAAGAUAUUACAAGGAGCCCAUUUGGUAGCUGCUCGUGGGGCAUGAACCAAAUAAAAGGACAUAGAAGGAGGACGUGGGAAUUUUAGCAAGAAAACUUGGAAGUGUGUGGUGUAUAAUAGUAUGUGAAGGUAAAGAAAAUGGAUAAGUCAAGGAUCUCCUCAGCAACUGACUCCGGCACUGGGCCUCAGCCUACUGUCUCAUAAAGAUCAGCCGUGCUUGAAAGAAGAGAAGGCUGAGAGAGGAGACAAGGUACUAGAAGGAAGGCAUCACCCAGCAAUCUGGCUCAUUUGAAGGCACAGUGAAGCAGACAAUCAGAAGGAUGGAGGAACCUGGGAAAGAAAAGAGUUUCAGCUAUGAUGAAUAGGCCACCCAUCACUACCAACUACAGAUGAUUCGCCAUUUUGUUUACAAAGAUGUCGUCAGCUGCUGAAAAUGGAGAUGCAGCACCUGGAAAACAAAAUGAAGAAAAAACCUAUAAAAAGACUGCAUCAUCUGCUAUUAAAGGUGCUAUUCAGCUUGGAAUAGGAUACACGGUGGGGAAUCUCACUUCAAAGCCGGAACGAGAUGUUCUCAUGCAAGACUUUUAUGUGGUUGAAAGCGUGUUCCUACCCAGUGAAGGGAGCAAUCUGACCCCAGCACAUCACUACCCAGACUUCAGAUUUAAGACAUAUGCUCCACUAGCAUUCCGAUACUUCAGAGAACUUUUUGGUAUCAAGCCUGAUGAUUACUUGUAUUCCAUCUGCAGUGAACCUCUAAUAGAGCUGUCCAACCCUGGAGCCAGUGGAUCCUUGUUUUUUGUGACCAGUGAUGAUGAAUUUAUCAUCAAAACAGUUCAGCAUAAAGAAGCAGAGUUCCUCCAGAAGCUGCUGCCAGGCUAUUACAUGAAUUUAAACCAGAAUCCCAGGACUCUUUUGCCCAAAUUUUAUGGCCUGUAUUGCAUGCAGUCAGGGGGCAUCAACAUCAGGAUUGUGGUGAUGAACAACGUCCUGCCGCGCUCCAUGCGAAUGCACUUCACGUAUGACUUGAAAGGCUCCACCUAUAAGCGAAGAGCAUCCCGAAAGGAGAGGGAGAAAUCCAACCCCACGUUUAAGGACUUAGAUUUCCUCCAAGACAUGCAUGAAGGGUUGUAUUUUGAUACAGAAACCUACAAUGCACUCAUGAAAACACUCCAGAGAGACUGCCGGGUGCUGGAAAGCUUCAAGAUCAUGGACUACAGCCUUUUGCUGGGAAUCCACAUCUUGGACCAUUCCCUUAAAGACAAAGAAGAGGAGUUCUCACAGAACGUGCCUGAUGCAAAGCGGCCUGGGAUGCAGAAAGUCCUCUACUCCACAGCCAUGGAAUCCAUCCAGGGUCCAGGGAAGCCUGGAGAUGGGAUCAUUGCAGAGAAUGCAGACACAAUGGGAGGCAUUCCAGCUAAAAGCCAUAAAGGAGAAAAAUUACUUUUAUUUAUGGGCAUUAUUGACAUUCUACAAUCAUAUAGGUUAAUGAAGAAGUUAGAACAUUCAUGGAAAGCUCUUGUGUACGAUGGGGACACUGUUUCAGUUCAUAGACCAAGUUUUUAUGCAGACAGAUUUCUAAAGUUUAUGAAUUCCAGAGUUUUCAAGAAAAUUCAAGCUUUGAAAGCUUCACCUUCUAAAAAAUGGUACAGUUCCAUCGCUGCCUUAAAGGCAACUUCACAGGAGAUUGUGUCCUCGGUUAGUCAGGAAUGGAAGGACGAGAGGCGUGAUUUGCUGACUGAAGGACAGAGUUUUAGCAGCCUUGAUGAAGAAGCUCUGGGAUCCCGACACAGGCCGGACCUGGUACCUAGUACUCCAUCACUGUUUGAAGCUGCUUCCUUGGCAACCACUAUUUCAUCCUCUUCCUUAUAUGUCAGUGAACAAUGCCCACAAGACAGGACAACGCUUUAUUCAAACAGUAAAGGGCUACCUUCGAGUUCGACCUUCACCCUGGAAGAGGGGACCAUCUACCUGACUGCCGGGCCCACCGCUGUGGAAGUACAGGAUGACAGUGCAUCUGUGCUGGACGUCUAUUUAUAAAAUGGUAACCACCUAAGCACAUGGGUGAGUCCUGAGCACAGAGUGGGAGAGAAGUGUCUGUACUCCAGUAUUCUCCGGAGGGACAUGGCUGAGCCCUGGCUAUGCACAGUCAAAAUCAACUGGACUUCGAAGUCUGAGAAAUGUCAGGGAAG